UGUGUUUCCUCCAUUCGAAUUUCAAACCAAGAGGAGUCAUCAACGCCUCCAAGGGCAACGGUUACUCAGUUUCUCAUUGAAGUUUUGUAGAUCCAGUGAUUCCACACCGAAUUUUUUCUCUCUAUAUAAGUUCAGAGUAUCUAUAAGUAGAAGUAAAUGGUAUUUCCGUCGUUUUCCGCGGAGAAGAGGGAAGGUGAAGGGUGUGCAGUGGUAGAAUUUGUACAGGAGGUGGUGGAUGUAGCUAUGAGGUGUUUUAUUGGCUGCUUUCGGAGCAGAGAUUCUCAUUCUUGCGUUGGCUCUGCGCCGCGUGAGCCGUCGGUGUCCUACAAUAAGAAAGCGCUCUCAUCGCUAUUUCUUUCUGAUGAUGAUUCACGGCGAACGGACAGGGAAUGCCUGAAUUCACUGCCUGCAGAUCUUGAUAUCAAGGAGCUCGAGACUCAGGCCAAAUUCCUGAAAGCAUGUGGAACUUUGGUUAAUACUCCUGUGGAGAUUCGGAAAGCUUCAAGAAAAUGGGUGGAUGCAUCAACAUUGUAUGAAGAAACAUCAGGAUUCAUUUCCAAUUCACCCACUGAGAAGCAUUCUGAUGGAUCACUUUCUGUUGGAUCACCGACACAUGUCAGAACGUGUAAAGAAUGGGUGGGUUGGGAAGAUUUUUCGGUCAGGACACCCGCCAGAAACUCCACAAGCUGUAGGAGUGAUGAGCUUAGCACUGUAGCGGAAUCUAUCAAGUCCACACAAAGCAGUGACGCUCAGAAUAAUAUUACUUCAAUGGAUGUAGUCAAUGAAGAAACUUGUUCAUUGAUUUCACCUGUUUCUCCUGAAGUAACUGCUAAAAGUGGACCGGGAAAAUAUAAGUCUGUUAGAUUUGAAUGUGAGUCUGAUAACUCUACAUGCUCUUCUGGAAGUUCUGAUCAGUGCUCGAAGAAACCUUUCUCUGCUUAUCAUCACAGCUCAUUGAAGAAGGCAUCGCCAGAUCCCACUCCCAUAAAAUUGCAUGAUGAUAUGCAAACACCUGGAACUGUUUUCCCCGCGUACAUGGACAACAUGACUGGUGGAAAAGCUGGUAAAAUACGAUCCCAGUAUGUGUUCUCUGUCUGGAACCCUGUUCACUGUCCUCUCCAAGAGAAGGAGUUCAAGGAUGAUGAUUAUUCUGAUUCCAGCAAUGGCCGAAAAUCUUUUGAGCCAAACCAUGCAGUGGACCUAACAUCAACCCUUGUGCCUGAAAUGUCGGCAAAGGAUAGUUUUCUCUGGAAGGAUGCCGAGGACCGUGAGUUUAGCUUUUCUCCUUGGUUGAAGUCAGAGUCAGCCAAUCAGGAUUAUACAGAUGAACAAUGUGAUUCUUCCAUUGGUGAUCACAUUCAUGGAGCUACACCCAUGGACAGGCCUAUUGUGGGGAUGGUAGCAUCCCACUGGAAUGAUAGUGCAACCUCGCAAAAAUUUCUAGAUUGCCGGGCUGGAAAUGGAAUUCCUAACACAAAUAACAAAUACAAAGAGGAUAAGAGAGUUAGCUGGCAUGCAACACCAUUUGAGGAAAGACUAGAGAAAGCAUUGUCGAAAGAAGCUUUUAUUUCCCAGAGGCAUGCUGAAUUGCAGAUUUGAAGUUAGUAUGAAUCUAUGCUAUAACUUGUAAAGGAAGGAGGCUAUCAGCGGAAUACCAAUGGUCGUGAAUGAAACUGAUCCAACCUCUUGGAUCAAUCACAAGUCAGUAGUUUCAUUUUGAAUAAUUUUUCUCUGGUGAAUACACUGCUUGUACGGUCUGCAUGUUUCUUGAGUCUGCUUUACAGAAUCUGACCUGCAAAAUUACAAUUCGACUAUGUAAAUAAACAAGUGUGCUGGUUCUUCCAAAGGCAAGAUUACAAACUCUGCUUGUGUAAGUCUCAGAUCAUCACCUCAUAACGUGAAUUAGUGUUUUCUGCUCUAUAUUAUUAUAUUUACUAUAUAUAGAUAGAUAAUAUUCUUCGUUGGCUUCAGUUUUCUUGCCAACUUGAAAUUAGGUUUUUAUGCUGAAUAAAUAUUCUGAAAUGAUAGAAAGAGAAAAACAUUAGUCCACCAUUCAGAUUACUAUAUAUAAUCACGCAUUCUACCUGUCACAUAUUCCUAAUUUCCCAAGUUACAAUACUGAAUCACAUGACAAUCCGAACCCACUUCAUGCACUUGGAAAUCAAUUAUUGAAAACCAUUAUCUGAUUUCCAUCUAUUCUGGGAAAAAUUGUCAUGUAUGCUCAAGGGGAAUUCUUCAAGAAAUACAACUGCAUUGCAUAGUGUUUUCAGAAGCCUUUUUACAGUAUAUAAAUAUAUAUAUAUAUAUAUAUACACGAUAUAAAUAAGAGUAAUGCUGACCCGUCACUGCAAAGAGGACGCGACACGUUGGCAGCUAAACAACACAGACAUGAUCGACACUAUGCACAUACUACUACACCUCACACCCAUAAACCAACUUCCUCGAUCAAGAAGGCCUUAUGUAACUAUAGAUGUGUAUGUAUGUAUCUGUAUGUAUAUGUGUUAGGUUCUCUCACGUACUCACAUAGGACAAGCAUCGUCUUCGUCGUCGUCGUCGCCGUGUUCUUGUCGCUCGGCUUCUUGAGGCAUCAUGUGGUUCCGGCAAAGCGGGCAUGUGGCGUUCCAGUAGUUGAGCCACUUCUCGAGGCA